UGAACAAUUAAUUUAGUUGUGCUUUGUAAGAUUUGUACGAUGCACAACUAAUUUGAUUUUUUAUUUUUGUUUUUGAUUUUGCGUUGAUUUGAGUUUAACCACAAACUUCAUACUAGUCGAAGCAAGAAGGGGAUAUAAGAAAACUGGAUUUAACUGAAAAUGUUGAUGAAACUUUUUUUUAACAAAACUAAUGAAAAUGUUGAUUAGAGCAUCGGUUAAAAAAAUUCUUUGGAAAUAGAAAGAUGAAUAACGUCGAAUCUCAUCGAUCAUCACCUAGGCGCCAGAAUAAGACAAAUAUAUUAUAAGGUUAAGCAUGUGCAUUCGAAGGAACACUGCACAUACCUUGCGCUGCCACAUUUGCUAGCAACAGUGUGCAGCUUCUUAUCAUUUAAAGUAAACACUAAAUUGAGGAGAGCGAGCGCUAGAUAAACAAUUAAAACAAACUUAUCGCUCAAUCUUCAUACUUGUUUUGCUUUGGCAGCUUCCCUAGGAUGUUACAAGCCAAGUUUAAUGCAUCAAAUAUGUAUGCACGAGCAGCGCAGCCAAGCACAUAUUUUUCAGAAACGUGCACCUUCGGAUCAGUGGUUUAUUAACAAAGCUACUAUCUAUAGCAACUUAUUCAUGUUACAUUUUCUGCAAAAAUAAAACGAUUAUCUGUAAAAAGCAGUGCGAUGGAAGUGCGGUGUGUUCCCAAUGAAUCUAGUUUCUUAGUGCAUUCAGUGCGACAGUCAAAUCUUGCCUGUACAUUGGAUAGGAAAAAGUCGCUUUCGACGCCGAUCAUACCGUCACAAAACGAAAAUUAUUUAUGUGUUCCAAAGCUGGAUCAUAAUCGAUUCCGACAAAAGCUUCCGGAAAUGGGAACAGAUUUUUCUUUCGACGAUAUCGCCAUUCAUACCGAAGUUCAACGUGCAACAACAUACCAAACCAUCGCGAAGAGUGUCUCACAAUCUACAUUAACAAUUCCCGAAAACUAUAGUUUUACAUCAGUGCAAAUACAAGUUUACAAACGACGGUGGUUCCUACUAGUGUUGGUCGUCCUUAGUAUAGCCAUAUCGUACGUACAAUGGAUACAAUACAGUAUAGUAGCAAAUAUAAUGGCUAAAUACUACAAUAUUGCACCAGCAUGGAUCGACUGGACGUCCAUGAUCUUUAUGGUGAUCUACAUAUUUGCUGUGUUUCCAGUGUCGUAUAUCAUGGACGUAAAAAACAUGCGGCAAUCUGCUGUGAUUGGAGCAGUUGGAACAGCCCUAGGCGCGUGGAUAAAAGUGUUUUCAGCUGAUCCUUCUCAGUUUCAAAUCGUCAUCGUGGGGCAAAUUGUGUCAGCAGUUGCACAAGUAUUUUUGCUUAGUAUUCCAUCGCGUUUGUCGGCUACUUGGUUCUCACCACAAGAAGCUUCGUCUGUUUGUGCUUUUGGCGUUUUCGGAGCACAGCUAGGAAUUGCAAUUGGAUUUUUUCUAACUCCUAUGGUUAUCGUUAAUCAUGAAGACUUUGGUGCUAUUGGUGUAGAUUUGCAAGUUUUUCUGAUGGGAGUAGCUGGUGUUUCCACUAUGAUAGCAUGCAUGGUAAUAGCUGUAUUCAAAUCAGAACCACCAUUCGCCCCAAGCCACGUGCAGGCCUUGCAAAGAACGAUGAAGCCCCGGCGGAAAGAUUAUUGGCCAUCGGUUGGACGGCUGUUAAAGGAUGACAACUAUCUCAUACUGGUUAUCGCUUAUGGCAUCAACGUUGGCUUAUUCAACGCUUUCUCAACCUUGCUCAACCAAAUCGUGCUGAAUUACUUUCCUGAUAGUGCCUCCGAUGCUGGAAGGAUUGGGCUGGCGUUAAUUGUACUUGGGUUAAUUGGCUCGAUGGUGUUUGGUUAUUUACUUGAUACUAGCCAUAAGUAUAAAGCAACCGCUGUAUGGGUAUGUCGGCUUUCGGCAGUAACGCUGAUAAUAUUCGCACUUGCUUUAGAAAGCCGUUCUAAAAAAUUAUUAGCAGUAGCUUCUGUGUUUCUUGGUUUUUUCAUGACAGGUUUCCAACCCAUCGGAUAUGAGUUUGCAGCUGAGCUUACUUUUCCUGAACCUGAUGGUCCAGUAAUGGGAAUAUUGAACAUUUCAACACAGAUUUUUGGCAUUGUUAUCACACUGAUGAUAUCCGGAAUCCAAAACGUUUUAGGCGAUUUUGUGGGAAACGUUGUUUUUGCAGCAUUCCUCAUACUGGAUGCAAAUAUUAUAGGUUUAAUUCGCUCAGAUUUGCGGCGUUACAAUACUCAUUUAGAAAUAGAGAGCGAGGCUGCUAGAGAAUUUGCGGAGGAUGCUGGUGUUCGCUAUGGAGAUAUUUCAAACUAUGAAGAUUCCGCACUGAAACUGAAGAUAGACGUCUGAUUCGUAUUCAUGUGCUGUAAAUCGAAAUUCUUAUCCUAUUUUGGGAUUUAACGAAUAUAUUUUAAGUCGGAUUUUAAUUGUAGCCAUGAAAAAAAGCAGGUCUCGAUAUCGGAUGUGAGUAAUUUUAUACCAAAAUCAUCUCAUUGUAUAAUAAUGCAAAAUAAACAUUCAUAAAAGAGUUGA